GAAAGAAUAAACUGCCUAUUUGAUGCCAAGGUUGAAUCUUUCCACUGUUCACCGGUCUGCAGUUUGAUAGAAGUCUUCCUGAAGCCGCACAAGAUGAAAAAGGAGAACAAUGCACAAGUUAAAAUAAUCCAAUAUGAUAAGAACUAUAAACAGAAAAUCAAUGGUAAAUUCAUGAAGAAACAAGAUAAAAAUGGAAUUUUACCAUGGAAGAAAAUGGACAGAAUGAAGAAAAAGUUACAGACAAAUGAGAGUGGCCAUCAAAGGUUUGAGGAAAGGAGCGAAAGAGCACAACCAUUUUUAUGUCAAGAAACCACUCAGUCCCUGUCAAUAUCAACUGAAAACACUUCUGAGGGUUUCAAGACUGAGCCGACUCUUUCUAAUGAUUCAGGGAUCACGGGUGAGUUCAUGUCCUAUGAUGGAUAUGUACCUUAUUAUAGAACAUAUGCAAAACUUGUGGAAACACCAGUUUGUAUGAAUGUAGAUCUGAAACAAGAGAAUGCAGAAAAAGGAGGAGUUCAAAGCAAUGGUUGUGUCUUUAACCCUCAAUAUGAAGAUGAACCCUCAAAUGUCAUGGGUAUUUUUGCCACUGGAUAUUUCCCGUAUUAUAGAACACGUGAAGAGCACUUUAGCACUUCAGAUUUUCCCUGUGAAUCACACAGUACAGCAGAGAGUGGAGAGGCAGAGACAAACAAAGGAGGAGAAGAGGAGAGUGAAAUUGACCAUGACGCUGAAGAUGCAUUUGAAAAUAUGGUUGUUCAGGAAAACCAUGAAACAUAUGAGGAUACCAGCCAAUGGUUUGAUUUUCUUGAAAACCACACAUUAACUGACUCUGUUACAGAGUCUUGUGAUUCAAAGAGCUCUCUCUUGGGUGAAAUAUCAAACCUGAAUCAAUCACCUUCUUCCAGUGACUACUUUCCAUACUAUAGGACAUAUGGAAACUUGCUUCUUGGCCCAAUGAACUCAAAUCAUGUGUGCCAUAGCAGCAGAGAUGAGUUAGAAGGGUUUGAUGUGGAAAUAGAGGAGACUAUGAGGGGAACUAGAGAUCAUAGUAAAAGCUGCUCAGUGUACCUAUGCAAAUCAUAGGCAGGCUUUCCAGGACACUGUUCUACAAGCUUAGUUACAUUUUAUAUUAAAUCUUAUAAUAAGAAGUCAUUAUGCAUACUGAGAAGAUUUUUGAAAGGGUUUGGAAAAGUAUUCAGUGAGAUCUUCCUUUAGCAUUGAGAAAUUGAGUAUCUUCAGUGGAACUAAAUAAAGAGGAUAGAGGAGAAAAU